CACUUCCUCCCGCCAGGCAGCGCUUCUGCCGCGGGCGUGGCCUAUGGCGGCCCGGUUGCUAUGGGCACGCAGCGCCCGCCGCCCGCGGGAGGCCGCCAUGGAGGGGCCGGCGGUGGCCGGGGGCGCCCUCAGCGCCGCCGAGAAGGAGAAGCUGCGGGAGAAGCUGGCGCUGCUGAGGCGGGAGUACAGCGAGACCGUCCGCCGGCUGCGGCGGGCGCGGCGAGCCGAGCGAGCCAGGAGUGGCGGCCGGGGCGCGGAGGAGGAAGGAGGCCGGCGGGAGCGGAGCCCUGCAGGUUCUAGAGAUAAGGUAUCUCCUAGUGCUGACGAACAUGAAACCCCCCAGUUACAGACUAAUGCCUGCUUUGAUCUUGUCACAGAGGAGAAAACAUCUGUCACAUCUAAACAUGUUCCAGAGUUCUCCAACAAUGAGGUUAGCCAGCAGGACAGCUUGCAGGCAGAAAGCAUACGGGCUAGCCAGGAAAACCUGUGUUGUGGAAUCAUUAGGACUGCCCCUGAGGAGAAAAAAACCCAAACCUCCAGACACUUGAUGAAGCUGAGGAGACGGACGAAGGCUCUGGUAUCAGAGGAAAGGGAAUCGGUGCGUGACGUGCAUCUCAGCAAUGCUGAUGAAACAGCAAAAAAUCAAAUUGCCAGUCCAGAGGAGCUCCGGUCACCUGUCUUCAGGAGAAGCAGUCUCUCAAACACUGAGGAAAAUGAUCAAAGAGCAUCCAGGCCAGCACAGGGAGAAGAAAACAGUUUCACUCCUCCCAAUGCAGUGUUUGGAGUUGUACAAGACAUGCUUGAAGACGGUGUCCCUCCAGGAGAACCUGAGCUGUUCCCUUGUGCACUGAGGGACAGCAGCAAUGUCUGGCAGCCUGAGUCCCUGUGUGCUGUGGCCACAUCUGACAACCAUGAGCCUGCACGGCUAUGUUCAGAGAACAGUGACUCUUUUUCACUUGACACUAGUGGUGACGGAGGAAAAGAAUCCUCCAGUAUAAUGAAACAAACGGACAGUGCAAGUAUGUGUGAAGACCAGGGAGAAUUACAUAGGCUCUUGGAUUUAAUGUCAGAAAAUGAAGUAUUGCCUGCUGAUGGAAAUAAUAGUAUAACUAAUGACAGCAAAAGCUGUGAAGGAAAUCAAAGUCAUGCAAAUAGUUUAAAUCCCUUUCCUACAGAUCUUACUCUGAGCAAUGUUGAAGAAUUGUUGGAGAAUCAACAGGUUGAAAUUCAGUCAAGACUUUCUCAUCUAGAAAAGGUGACAGCUCCUGAAAGUGCACUGAACUCGUGCACAGUGGUUGAAGGGCUUCUCUUUCCGGUUGAAUACUAUGUCAGGACAACUCGACGCAUGUCUAAUUGCCAGAGGAAAGUGGACCUUGAUGCUGUAAUUCUCAGCCAGCUGGGCAGAAGCAAGAAGGGUCAGCGAAGGAAGUGCAAGCAGAAAGAUGCAAAUUCCGGUCAGUCCUCCCAGGAAAGAGCUGAAAAUCAUUUGGAGUCGGGGAUCAUGCUGUUCCCUUUUCUUGGUGCAGAAAAUGAUUCAGCAAAUUCAAGUAGUCCUCAGAAAUCUCUUCCUGCGUCCAGUGGUAGCAGCACUUCACUUGGAUCAAUUUCUCAAAGCAGUAUCACCAGCACAAAGCAAGAUCAGAGACAAACACAGAGGAAAGAAAAAGAGAAAAAAAGAAGAAAGUCUACCUGCAAACCCCUUGUCCAUCAUGUGUCACAGGAACUUACAGAGAGUUUGGAUCUUGUAACAACGAAGGAAGGUUGUCUGCUAUCAAAUGAGUGUCAGAGUGAAAACAUAAACUCUGAUGCUAAUCUUGAAAAAUCGUCAGAUGAGGGAAGGUUGUCUGCUGCUGCAGCUCUGGCGUUGGGAGAGCCAGAAGCGAGUGCUGCUAUACAGCCAACGAGUGCCGAUCCUCCUCCUGCAGGAAGCCAAGUGCUUGGCAAAUGCCAUAAGGCUCUGUUGGAACAGGUUCAAAAUCCGCUUCAGAACAGUGAUUCUCUGAACCCAGGGAUUGAAACGUUUGCCAGCCGUAUAGGAGAUGUGGAAGUCAAUUUAACUGUGUGUCAGGCUGACAGACAGGCACUGGAGCAUGUUAAGAAUCCGCACAUGCAAGGAGCCUGCAAGGCUGAGCAGCUCCUAGCGAUUAAUGUCCCUCCGUGCCGCUGCCUGCGUUCCUCUGCCGGACAGAGCACCAGUCAAGUCUCAAAAGAUGCGAACAAAAGAGGAUGUAGGUAUCCAACAGGUUCUGAGAGUCCUGCUUCUCUUGGCUUGCCUGCUACAGACUCCGACACUUGCGGCUCUCUCUUCUCCUUCCGCAGUCUCCAGUGGCUGGCCCCUCAGCUGGGUGUCAGAGACUUUGACUUACCAGAUGAGGAAUUUGGGCUACUAAAACUUGAGAAAUUAGAAUCUUCCCCUAUGAACGACUUGGAAGUUUUCGUUCCUAGUGUGUUUGGAGAUGGUGUGGCUUCAGAGGACACACAAGAUGCACAGACGAAUCCAGAAGGAAAAUGUCUCAAAAGUAAUUUGAUUUUGACAUUCAAAAAUGGAUUGCCCGAGUUACCUCACAUAGAAAGGCCAGAUUCUAAGAAGGCUAUUUCCACCCAUGAAUUGUUACUUACUCCCAUGGGGGCUGUCCUAGCUGGUGCUCCCACUCAGCCUGAGUCUCAGAUUUCCUCAUCUGUUUUCCCUGUUGUGGGUGCAACCCCAGCUGUUUUACCACCAGUACUCGAUAAGGUCUUCCCCAGCGCACCUUCUGUACCUCCUUCGCAAACGAGCUUGCAUUCCUCCAAAGGAGCACCUGCCCAGGUCGUGGAUGAUGGGGAAUGCAAAGACUCUGCUGUCCCACUGCAUUUGCACAGCUGUGGUGCAGGAUCUGCUAGAAAGGAGGAAGAAGGUACAGCAUUUCCUUUAGAAGCUGAAAGAGGUGCUGGUAAUAAAUCUGAUGAUGCUGUGACCUUGGAGAAGCAUCAGCAGUCAGAAAGCAAAGAGCAGAGAACUUCUGAACAGAAAGUAGAUGUAGCAGUACAGUUGACUCCACUACUGCUUGAUGGCCUGACAGAAGAGAACUUGCAGCUUGUAUCAAAGCUAAAGGAUUCUUCAACUUCCUGCGCCGUGGAUGUGAGUACGGUGUGGUGGGAGGCAGCUGGCUGCAGAGAGCUGUGUGUGGUGACCGCCUGUGAGAGUUCUGUCUCCCUGUGGAAACCUCUGGCGUCUGACCGCUGGGGAAAGGUCUAUACUUGGCAGCUCAGAGAGAUUCCUGUAAUACAGCUCGUUCCUCUGCCGGACACCUGUAAUCUCGUGUGUAUAGCAUUGGGAGAUUUGGAGAUUGGAGAAAUAAGGCUCUUGCUUUAUUCUUCUGAGAAUGACUCAUUCAAGCAAUCUCUAGUAAAAACUGGAAAUAUAAAAGCUGUUCUUGGGCUAAAGGAUAGGAGGCUGGUCAGCAGCAGCAGGACUCUACAAGAGCAGCAGGUGGAAAUAGUAUCGCUUUCGGAAACAGGAAGGAGCAAGGACGGACAGACUUUGAUGCCCCCUGAAGAAAGUGUUUUAGCUUUUGCUGAAGUGGAAGGAAUGAGAGAUGCCUUGGUUGGCACCACUGCAGUGAACAGCAUUGUUGUUUGGAAUUUGAAAACAGGCCAGCUUCUGAAGAAGAUGCACGUUGGUUAUUCCUACCCAGCUUCCAUCUGCCAUCGAGUAUAUUCCGACUCUGGCCUUCUGUUUGUUGUUUUAAGUCAUCCACAUGCCAAAGAGAGCGAGUCCUGUGGAAACCCCGCAUUCCGCGUGAUAGCCUUCAACCCCAAAACAUCCAGGAGCACAGGAGUGAUGUUCUCCUCUCUCCCACCCGGGCACACUGGAAGGUACCUGGAGGGUGAUGUGAAGGGUGCCUCGGCUGCCGCCGUGCUGACGUCGGGAGCCAUCGCGGUGUGGGACCUGCUCCUGGGGCAGUGCACGGCCCUGCUGCCCCCGGACCCGGCGGGGAGCUGGGCGCUGGCCCGCUGGGCCACCGCCGGUGCCUGCCUGCUGGCCGGGCAGUGGGACGGGACCGUCUGCCUGUACCGGUACCGGCAGCCCCAGCCAGGAGCGGCCUGAGGGGCAGGGGGGCGGGGACCGCCACCAGCAGCGGAACUUGACGGGGCCGGGGCGGCCGGUGACGGGGUGCGGGGCGCGGCCGCGUGUGUGAGAUGCCAUUAAACCUGUCGCCUUGGGAACGAC